AUGGCUAACUGCAGUAUCUGCUACGAACGCUUCUCAGCUCCUGUUUCUCUUCCCUGCGGUCAUAUUUUCUGUCGAGACUGUUUACGAACUACUGUCGAUGCGAUCAAAUCACCCAGCUUAGAGCACUAUUGCCCAGCUUGCAGAACACCCUAUAGUGUUGUUACCAUUGAUGCAGCACUCGUUCCUCCUUACCUUCGCCCCCAUAUCCUGCCACCCAUUCGCCCCGUGUUCUUUGACCAUGUGUCUUCGCCAAAGAUAAAACCGGUGGCAGACUCCCUUCCCGAGUCACUCGCGCUUCCCAAGACAACCACUGACUCGAGUCCCCAUUCGCAACCGUCUUCUUCUGGCUCCUCUUUUUUACCCACUUCCCCUUCCAGUCCCUCUCCAGCGACAUCGCCCGCCUCACUACCCCAUACCCCAGUGAUUGCACAAUCUCUCCGACAAAUUCCCGAGGCCAACUCAUCGAUGACCUCUCUGCGACGAAACGCGGCUGAAGCAGAUGCUCUACGUAUGGCCUGCCAAACAUGGCGCCAUCGUGCGGAGGUGCAUGCUGCCGCUAACUCUGGCUUACUCUCAUUCGCACGUGCCGCCCGAAAUGCAGCAAUAAAAAUGCGAGGAGAGCGAGACGAUCUCAAACGGAGGGUUGAGGUACUGCAACGUCAGUUAAUGGAAGUGAUGGCCACCGAAUUGCCAGGCCAAAACGGAUGCUCCCCGAACUUAUGGUCGAUUCUCAGGACGACCGCAAGCCGCAGUCGAAUCCAGUGGCCCUUCCGGCGGUUCAACAACGCCAAGUGA